AAUCUACCUCACUCGGCUAUCUUCAAGCCUCCCAUUCUAUGGUACUUUGAUAAAUCACAAAACAAAAAUAAUUUCAAAAUGUUUGAGAAAGUUGAAAAUUUAUUUGGAAUAUUACUCUUUAAGACAUGAAUAUCUCAUUUCAUAAAAUUGUACAUAACUCGAAAACACAUUUUGAGUUACGCCGUAUACUGUUGACGUGUGUUUGACGUUUCUCGGAGGUUAGGAAGUUUAGGGCAUUUUGCUGUGUAUUUUUACGGGAAAACGUUUUUAUAAUAGUUGCAACAUCAAUUUGCGGAUAAUAUAUAUUAAAGACUUUUUCUCGGGUAAUUGUUAUGUGUUUUUGGCUAUUUCAUUAUGUUCAUCUUUAUAUUUCUUGAACCGAGUUGAUUUAUGUUUAGUUAAUCAUUGAUAGUCAAAUUUUUUGUUGAGCUGCAAAGAGAAUUAUGAACGGGACCAUCAUGGAUCGUCAUGGGCAAGGAAAUCCCAAGCUACGCAACUAUAAACUGAUGGUAGAUCCCUUUUUGGUCAAAGGGGCCACAAAGCUGUACCGCUAUGAUGGAAUUGUUCCAAACGAACCUUCUUACUCCUGUGGGAUGCCUAGAGAUCCUAGGUCUCAUAUUCGUAUGUGGUCAAGGCUGGAAACAUUGGAUCUUCCUGUACCUAGAUUCAAAAUUGAUGUAAACUACGUUGGUGCGCCUCCCUCAAUUGAGGUGACCAUUUUCCAUCUGAAUGACAACAUUGACAAACAGUUCUUGCGCGAUAUGCUGCUGAAGUUUGGUGAGAUAGAAGAACUGUUCAUCUACUAUCAUCCCAUCACCAACAAACAUCUGGGUAUUGGAAGAGUUGUGUUCGAGUGCGUGAAAAGCGCUAAGGCGUGCGUGGAAAAGCUGAACAAUACCAGUGUUAUGGGAAAGAUACUCGACGUUUUCUUGGAUCCUUUUGGCGAGAAGUGCAAGAAAAAAUUCGAGGACGUCACCGUCGAAAAGAAACCUCCUCCUGCUCCCAUGGACACGACGCCUGUCAAAACGUCCAAGACGGAUGAUAAAUCAAAAACCACCGAAGACAAACCGUACGAUCCGGGCGACAACGAUUUCGACGAUCGCGAUCACUACAAGAACAAAACCAAUGACAAGGACCACGCGGACGAGUACGAAAGCAAGAAGUCCAGAGAUAGGGAGCGUGACAGAGACAGGGACAGAGAACGCGACAGAGAUCGGGAUAGGUACAGUGGCGGCGGGAGGAGUUAUAGGAGCGGUGAUUUUCCGACGCCAAGUGGGUCAGAUUUGGGGUAUGGGACGGCGCCCAGUGAGUUUUCGGCUAGUUUUAGUUCUGCGGGCACCACACCUCUCUCGUACGAGUUCCACGGCCAUGCAUUGAUCUCAACCGGCGGCAGCCACUCUUACCCGCCUCCGCCAACCGCCGCGCCUCCCGGCUUCGGCACGCCCACCAGCUACCAUCACCCCGGCCACCACGCGCCUCCCCCUGCAGUCGCUGUCGCCGCCCCGCACCAUCCCCACCACGCGCCGCCGAUCGGAGCCCCGCCACCGACGCCGGUCUGGCCAAUGGCCGCGCCGGCCACGCCCCAAUGGCCGUGGGAACGUUCGCCGGUCGGACCGCCUCCUGCCGUUGCGCCGGGGCAGGCGAAAUGGCCGCCGCUACCGGACGACGCGCGGCAUCCGUCCAGGAGUAGCGGCGGUAAGGAGAGGGAGCGAGAUAAGGAUAAGAAGAGGAGUGGGAGCGGUAGCGGAAGUAGGUAUAGCAGCAGAAAGGAGAGGGAUCGAGAGAAGGAGAGAGAAAAAGAGAAGCCCACCGACGAAGAGAGCAACCAACUGGACCUGGACACGCGUAUCGCCCUGCUACUAAAAGAAAAAGGUUGCGGCGGCAUGGCACCUCCCUUCCUCGCCCUGAGCGCGGACUCCGACGACGAAUCAAAAACGCUGGACACGAAGUCCCUAAUUCCUCCUCCUGCCGCGAUUCCCGCGUCGGCGCUAGUGGUCAGCGACUUCGAAGAUGACGACGACGACAGGUCGAGCGUGUCGCUGAGCGAAAUGCCCAUCAAUCCGCCGUGUCCGGAGGAUGACAUCGAUGUGCCGCCGAGGGAGGAUCACAAUCCGCCGUUGUCGGAUCCGCCGUCGCCGUUUUUGUCCAAGGAGAUUUAUCUGGAGUGGCAUCAGAGGGGCAUCGAACAGGCCGUUGUUGCUCGACAACGUGAAGCUCUGGAAACUACAGCACUGCUGAAAAAGGUUCAUAUAGAGAUGAAUAAAAUAGGCAGUGACAUAUCGUCAAGUGAAGAUGAACUACUCACUGGAGGAAACAAUUAUAGUCCAAUAGGCACAUCUGAUUCCAAGGCGUUUAAGUCAAAGGAGGACGACAGGAUGUCGUUGUCGUCGCUAAGCAGCAACGACACGAAAAUUGAGGAGGUGCAACCGGACCCGCCGCCUCAACCACCCUCUCAGCCUCCUCCUCAACCGCCUCUGCCCCCUCCGACGCCUCAAACUGCCGUGCCGCCACCGCUGCCUCCUAUACCAAGCUUGUACCCGGGGCACGCUUACCCAGGGUUACCUCACUUUCCUGCUGCAUUGUUAGGAUCACCAGGAAACCUGCUAGUAAGAGCAGGCUUCCCUGGAACGCCUUUUACAUCAUACCCCCCACCGCCGUUCGGAUACCCCCCAGCUGCGACGAACUGGCCUACGGCGGCAGCACCCUUCCCCUUUGCUCAGCCAGCAGCACCACACCUUUACAUGCCGCCGACACAGCAAUUCGCCCAGUUCCCCCCGUUGCAUCACGUACCAGGGGCGCACUAUCUGCCAACCUAUCAGGUGGCUGUGGCAGUUGCUAAGCGCCCAGAAGAUGACAAGAAUGAUCCGCAUGCAGUUACGAUAAACUCAGCGGUGACACAAGUCACGCAAGAACUCAAAACCAUACUGAAAAAAGACUUCAACAAGAAGAUGAUUGAAAUGACUGCUUUCGGUAAAUUUGAGGCAUGGUGGGAAGAAGAGAGCACCAAGGGAAGCAAACCAAAAGACAAAGAAGAACAGGAAAAACCUGUGAUAUCGAAAGAUAACAUCAAUAUCCUGCUGGAAUCGAAUAGGGAGAGCUUGUAUAGUAGUCUUAACACAGAGCCGAUAGGGUUAGGUCUAGGUCUACGAGCUGCUUUACCCAAAAUGCCCAGUUUCCGGAGGAAAAAGCUGCCGUCUCCUGUGCCUGAGGAUGAGGACGAUACGCAGAAAGGCUCUGACAACGAAGAAAUCAUCCACCAUUCAGACUCCGAGUCGACGCAACGCGAACCACCUCUAGAACGCGAACGCAAACUGUCAACGAGCAGCACGAGCAGCUCGUCGUCGAGCUCGUUCAGCUCGGACAGCGAGAGCGAGAGUUCGGACGAGAGCAGUUCCGAGUCGGAGACGGAAACGGAAACGAAGACGGUGGAAAGGGAGAAGAGCAGGAGUCCGAAGCCGCAGCAGGUGGAGCCGGCGGUGGGGUCACCUCCGCCGUCGGUGGAGAUGAAUGAAGAGAGCGUUUCGCCGAUGAGGGAUGGGAUCGAGGCCAGAAACAAGACGCCGGAGCCGAUGCAGAUCGACUCCGACGACUUGGCACCCGCCGCGCACCAACAAGUCUCCGAACCGGCUAGGAAACCUCUGUUGGACAUGUGUGACAGUGAUAGUGACUUGAGUGACACGGAACGUUUGAUCCUGGAACGACGGCGGCUGAACACCGAGUACAUGGAACAGAUCGAGAAAGAACGGCAGGAAGAGGAGCGUAGGCGCGUGAUGGAGCUGACGGAGAAGAAGGAGGACGAGAGAGAAAGGAGGAGCGUGUCUUCUGAAAGGACGAUAUCCGUUAACGGAGAUGAGGAGAAUGACGAGAAGGAUGUUAUGAGCAAAUCGCUGGAGGAGUUGGAGGCGGAAAGGGAUGCGUUGCUACAACAGGUGCGUAAUCCUGAACCCCCUGGUGUGAUGGACCUAGACGACCGCUUGGAUAGAACUGAUAGCGAAUUACAAAAGUCCAAGCAGAUGGAUUCCGACGAGGAGAACUUGGAAGAGAGGAGGAAGAAAGCUAAGAAGAUAGAUAUUAACGGAGAUACAAUAUUGUCGAAGAAAAUCAUGGAGAGCGAGGGUGAGAGCAGUCCUUGUAGUCAGGUUACCAUAGAGCACUCGUAUUGCAUGCAGAGACCAGAAAAGGAGAAUAUCGAAGUGAACCGAGAUCUGAGCGGCCCAGAAGUGAUGAACCAUCAGAAUUACGUAUCAGAUGACCUGGGUAAACUUAAGAAGCCAGUUAAACAGCCGAAGCCUAGAAAGCCAAAAGAACAUAAGAAACUCAAAGAACUGCAGAACACCAUCAGAUACGAUAAUCAAUACGGAGUGCGGAAUUUCGCGUAUCCAGAUCACAGCUCAGUUCGGCAUAAAGUUCGGGAUCAGAUAUCCGAGUUUGCCGUUCUGUAUGAGUUUCUAACAAAAGGUAUCGACCUCGAGGAUAUCCAGUACAUAAAGAAAUCCUACGAAGAGAUGCUUUCCACGGACUCGAUGGGCUAUUGGCUGAACGACACUCAUUGGGUGGACCAUUGCAUCACGGAUCUGUACUCGAGUCCGCCUAAAAGGCGGAAAAAGGACGAAAGACAGCAUUCGACGGGCAGCGCUAGGACGGAAGGGUAUUACAAGCUGUCUGCGCACGAAAAAUCCCGUUACAAGUACCAUCACGCCAAGUCGCACGCCAUUUCCACUGCUAGUGUACCUGCAGCUACUAAACAAGGCUUGUCUAGAGAGGCGCGAUCGAACCAGCGAAGAUUGCUCACUGCAUUCGGAAGUGACACUGAUUCCGAUUUGCUGAAAUUCAAUCAGCUUAAAUUUAGAAACAAACAACUCAAAUUCGCAAAGUCCGCGAUUCACGACUGGGGCUUGUUCGCUAUGGAACCUAUUGCAGCUGACGAAAUGGUGAUCGAGUACGUUGGUCAAAUGGUACGUCACAGUGUAGCUGACCUCAGGGAACAAAAAUAUGAAGCUACCGGUAUCGGAAGCUCUUACCUCUUCCGUAUAGAUUUAGAGAACAUUAUUGACGCCACAAAGUGCGGAAAUCUAGCGAGAUUCAUCAACCAUAGCUGUAAUCCCAAUUGUUACGCAAAAGUGAUAACAAUAGAGUCGCAGAAGAAAAUUGUGAUAUACUCAAAACAAAGCAUAGGUGUAAAUGAAGAAAUAACGUAUGAUUACAAAUUCCCGAUAGAAGACGAAAAAAUCCCUUGCCUUUGUGGGGCGGCUACUUGCCGUGGAACAUUGAAUUAAGCCGGUAUUUCUGGCUUGCAUUAUAAAUGUACGCUCUGUGAUCGGUUACAGAAAUUUUGUAUUUCCGUCUUUUACAUAUGCUAUGUCUUUAAUAUGGAAAUUAAUAAUUCAGCCAAGUCGUUCAGACUGUCAAAAGGAAAUCAAGAAGAUUUUAUAACAAUGUAGUUAAAAGCAGCAAAAGAAAUCUUAUUGUACCACACACACUGCUGAACAUAACUGAAAGACGUGACUAAUGUUUGCAAAAUUUCAUGUAACAAAAUGGUACUUCAACAGCUAGAUAUAACAUAAAUAUUCUCAAAAAAGUAUUCCAAAAGGUCGCUCCGGAUAAUGCUAAAUUUUAAACUUUUUAAAAUCUAAUAUAAUAUUUUUCUCGCAAUCGAGCCAUAUAGAAAACACACGUUCUUGUGAAUAAUAUUCCCAGAUCAAUAACGGUGUAUGAAAAUAAACAUUUUCUGUGAAAUUCAGCUACAAUUGCAUGCAUUUAUUUUAUAAGAUUAGCCAUAAGCGAAUUUUCAAUCCAUCAUAUUUUAUUUAAAUCACAAAAGAAAUUUCUGAAGCUUGUCAUACGAGUAUUUUCGCUUUUCUGAUCCAAUCGGUGAAAAAGGAGGUACGGAUAAUGGAUAAUUGAUUUCAUUAAUAUUGGCAUUUGGUAUCAAAUGAAAUAUUGGUCAUGUUGGCACCGUGGAUUAAUUAAUUAUUAAAAUAAAAUUUGAGUUGACAUAGUUGACAUCUAUUUGCCGCCUUGUAAAUCUAGUUUUCAACUUUAUUUACUUAGCAUGGCUUGUAUUUACAUUUCAUUUUAAUGCUGCGUUUUGAUAAUUUUUGAUAGAUUUGGCGUUUGGAAUGAAGUGGUUUUAAUCUGACAUUUUAGACACCACUAGAAAGCAGCACUUAUGCCCAUCCUGUGAUAAUCUUGUUUUGACAUAUGCCAAUGCAUUUCCAGUUUAAGUCAGGUUAUCUCAGAAGCUGAAAAUGCAAAUCUGAAUCUGGGUCAAACUUUUUUCGAAUUAGUAUAAUCCGUUCAUCAUCAGUGGAGUUAUUUAUUGGCUACAGUAAGAGAAUUGGAACGGCGAACGGCUAUAAAACUUUUAUGAAAUACUUUUUUGAGGGAGUAAAGCAUUAUGUGGUUUUGUGUAUUUGGUUUUUUGUUCCACAGUCUUUUUUGUAUACUCAUAACCAUAGCUUCCAACAUGUGUUAUGUAUAUAGUUAUAUUUUUUACAAUAUUUUUAAGAUCAAUUGUCGGCUAUCAUAUUUAUUUUGAUUCAUAUUUAUUAAAAAAUUCGAUGUGAAAGGUAAUUUCAAGAAUCUAAUAUUUGAACGUUUAUAGAAGCACUGGUUUUCUACACACUUAAACGCAAAAACCCAUAAUCACAGAAAAUAUGUACAUUUUGUAUAGACUUGUUCAUUUCUGGAAUAUUGUGGAUUUUAGAACAAUGCGGAUGAGUGUUGUAUUAUAGUGAGAAUGUAAUAAUUUUUAAAUUAUAUGUUUUUUAUAUGUAUAUAAAUGUUGUAAAUAUUAGUUAAUAUAGUUAUCGUGUUUUUAAUUCGAACACUCUGUAAUAAAAUGAG